AUGUCGAUAACGCAGGAUUUGCAUUUUGACAAAAAUACCUUUAAAUUUAAAGGAUUCACUUAUCUACGUGCCGAUCCUUCAGACAGUGAGGAAGAUGAUAGUAACAUUUCUGCCCUAGACGAUUCUUGGCAGGAGCAGGAGGAAGAAGAAGAUUCCGUCCCCUUAGAGACCCCAGAUUUAGCCGACCACGGUUUAGUUUUAAUGUUUCGCCCCUUCAAAGAAAGAUGGAUUCAACCAAUAGGCGUUUUUGCGUCCAAAAAUGCCGCCUCUGGAACUCAAUUGCACAAGAUAAUAUUACAAGCAAUUAUUUUAUUAGAAGACAACGAUGCACGAGUACUAACAACCGCUGCUGGAAAAACAAUAAGAUACUCUGAUCUUUUGAAUUUAUUUGAACACGACGUAAAAAGAGGAAGCACCGGAUUAAGUGUAGUGCCCAAGUUAAGACCAGUGCAUCUUUGGCCAAAUAGU